UUCCGGGAAUAGAAUUUUUCUAUGUGCGAGUUUGUCCUCCUAGUGCGUUGUACGCGAAGCCCCUUGAAAGCGAAAUUAUUUGAUUCUCGCAUGAACGUGGAAGGGUCAGUCACAACAGCGCCGGCUACUGUUUGCAUCUGUGCUCUUUAUAGUCUAGCGAGUAUACGAUUUUAGCAGAGAGCAUUAUCCGAUACUGAGGUUUACUGCCAGUCUUUGUUCUUGCCUUUUGUCGUGAUAUAGUCAUUCAGUUACUUACUCCCAAGCCAAAACUGGAACAGACGCGGCUAACUUGCAGGCUGGUUGAGUUAGCUAUGUUUGACUACCGAAACUACAAGCGCAGAGAAUCACGGCGGAACAUCCACAAAAGCAUCGCCAAGCAAAAAGAUUGAUGCUCCAGUUUCCGUAUAACCAUAUCUGAACGGAUAUUGCCCGAGUUUUUUCGGUCAUCCUAAUUGUAACGGAGCUCGUUCAACGCUUCCAAUCGAUUUGGAACAGCAAUGCCCAGUCCAAGCUUACUACCGGCGCAGUAUUCCAGUUUGGACAGCCUGGGUCCCCUGUCCAACGGAUCUCUCGAGUGUGACCAGAGAACUUUACAGCUGGCUCUAGAACUGAGUCGCCUUCAUCUUCAAGCGGAUAUUUCUCCAAAUGGAAGUCCUGCCUUCAUGUACUCUCCGUCGCUCUCAGCACGCUAUGGUGGACCUCCGUCGCCAACCAGCGCUGCCGCUGCCGCCGCCGCAGCACUCUCGCAGUCCUUGAAACGGUCGCAGAACAUGACAGAGUGUGUUGCGGUACCUAGUUCCGAACAUGUGGCGGAAAUCGUUGGCAAACAAGGUUGCAAGAUCAAAGCGUUGAGAUCCAAAACGAAUACUUACAUUAAAACACCAAUUCGUGGGGAGGAACCAGUCUUCGUUAUAACGGGACGGCGUGAGGAUGUGGAAAUUGCCAAAGCGGAAAUUCUUCAAGCGGCUGAUCAUUUUACGCAGAUACGAGCCCAGCGCCGGCUUCAUCCGCCACCCCAUGUUCCUGGGCAGGUUACAAUUCAGAUGCCGGUUCCGUUGCGUCUGGUUGGUCUGAUUGUGGGACCCAAAGGACAGACUAUCAAAAAGGUUCAACAGGAUACCGUGACAUAUAUCAUAACUCCCGGUCGAGAUAAGGACCCAGUAUUUGAAAUUACCGGUUGUAAGGAAGGUGUACAGCGCGCUAAGGAACUAAUCGAGGACCAUGUGCUAGCACGCACGGGCAGCACACUCGAAGAGUUACUGCUGCAGCAAAACGAUCCUACACGCCAACGUUCUUCGUCGCUGGACAAUGGUGCAUAUGGUAUGGACAUAUGGAAGGAUACCGAGCGUCUUCUGGGUUACGGAGGCAGCACAGAAGAUCUCAGUGGAUCCGGAAAGGAUAAUGCAUUCAAAUUCGAUAUUGGCUGCUGGAAUGUUCCACGAGAAACGAGCCCGACACCUGACGUUAGCGGGCGUGACGCUUUUUUUUCUUCUGGCAAUAAGCAGACUCGCAGCUUCAGCAUUGCCGGUAUUAAUAAUCCAUCGCCGGGUUCGUUUGAUUUUAUGGAACAUCCACAUGCUCGUCGGCUGAACAGCGAUCCAAUGCCGACGUUCGCGCCUUCCAUCUGGAACAGUGGUGGUGGUCACGGUUCCUCAGGCUGUGGCUCGGCAUACCAGAAUAAUAUGUCUCUAAAUGAUGGACCAAAUUAUUUUGCCUCUGGUUUUUCCAACAAUUUCGGUAUUUUCAACAAGGCUUCGUUAAAUUCCACCGGUGAUUCGGCAUGCUCAAGUUCACCGGCCGAGUCGAUCACCAGCCAGCGAACUAAGAGAGAAUGUAUUUUGUGUCAAGAUCGUGACAUUGUGGCCGCCUUGGUACCUUGUGGACACAAUUUGUUCUGUAUGGAUUGUGCGCGAAUUCAGCAGAAGUGCCCCAUUUGUCAGCAGUCGGUCAAUCAGGUUAUCCGCAUCCAGGCUGAUUUGUAACCAGUGGAUUAUCAAAAGGACAUGACCAUGCGCUUUGGACACUUUUCUGGGUUGAUUUCACUCUCUGGUUUCGUAUUCUUUUUGGUUUUUCCUGUUUUUUUGUGAAUCAGAACCCGACUCCCGUUCUCUUUUACCGGAACCGAUAGCGAUAAUUUUAAUUAUUUAAAAAGAUAGUAUUUAUAGUAAUAUUAUUUUAUAUUCUGAAACUGGGAGGGGGAUAAGGGGGAAUGGAUUAUAAUGGGGAAGGAGCCAUGAUGUAUUGGAGAGAGUGCAGCAUAUUUCUUUUUGAUUGGAUUUUGGACCAGAAAUUAUCGAAGCCGUUUAUAUUCAGAUUGCUCUACGCAGAGAAACUCCUUUUUUUGUGGAUAAAAGUUUUGUUAUUGUUGUGCCCUAUGGUGAACGUGUGUGCUCUUGUCGCAUUCGGAUGAUCCAGCCGUUUUUAGCACAAAUGUUGAACUCUUCGCCUUGUUCCUGUCUCAAUGUCUUCGUCCUUUGCAAAACAAGGACGCAGUCGGAGAAUUCUGCUCAGUGCCAGUUUUUAUCCUAUUUGGAGCCUGUCCUAGUUGAUAUGAUCGACCAUACGCCGCCUGGUUUUAAAUGAGGCCAAGUGAAAGAGAGAGUGAGAGCUGCAAAUGACCUCAUUUCCGUUCCUUGUUUGGAUUUACCAAAUCAAUGCAAUACUUUCCUAUAUAUGAAAAGUAGUAUGGUAGAUAUGCUGUUAUAAUUUUUAUCUGUUUUUUGAUCCGGCUUUGCUUUCCUGCAUGACGGCACCUCAAUUUGGAUGUCUUGGAUGAAUCUUCAUUACAGAUGUUAUUUGGAUGAUUUUGGCAAAUUUUUCACAUUUUAAUGAGAGGUGCUGCCUAUUAGCGUGCUGGGAUGUUGUUGGGAAUUUAUUUGUGGUGUGUUCCGCUCUCCUUAUCUCCUCUGCUCCCCUUAUCUCUUCCCCUUUCGUCCUCCUUUUAUAUCACCGUGAUAUGUUCUGGCACCAAAUACCUUGGACUGAUCUAAAAAUUGUAGCAGUUAUGUAGAUUUGUUAGUUUUUUUGUAUUCUCGAAUUGUGUUAUUAUGCUGCAAAGAGAUUGAUUGGGUUGUUAUGUAAAAUUUGUUGUUUUUUUAAGUUUCAGAUACAAGUAUAUAUGCCCAUGUCCAUUACAUGUCUAGUAUAUGAUACGCAAAGCUUAUGGAAUAAUAUAAAAUUGGAAUA